AUGGGAAGUACUUCGCCGCAGGGCAGCAAUACCAACAUGAUGAAGCCGACUGCUGGCAGCGGGUGCACCAAGAGUGACUCCCCUGAGGAGGGAGAGAAGAAGAACCAGGGACGUGUGGAGGACCAGAUAAACGAGGAGCACCUUCAACGGAUUGAGGCCAUGUUCCAUGAAGCAGACACCGACGGAGGGGGAGGAUUGGAUAUGGAAGAGUUUCGUGAGGCAAUCAAGAAGAUCAUGGGUGACAUUGAUGAUGAAGAUGUGGACAUUAUCUUUAUGAAGGUGGACACCAACUGUGACGGCGGUGUGGACUGGGAUGAGUAUCUAAACUACAUGCUGCUGGAGUACAGGGAGAAGGACUCCCUACAGAAGCAGAACCGUCCCCUCUACUUCCCCAAACCUCUAAAGAUUGUCCCUGUUGCCCACUGUGAGCCCAUCGUUCGGCUGCAGUUCUACCCCUUCCAGACCCCCCAGGCAGAGAAGAACGGGGGGCAGGGCAGGGCCGUGCCCAAAACCCGCGCCCAGCUGGGACGCUACCUGUCUGUCAGCCGAGAUGGCAUCCUCAACUACUGGAGCGAGAGGUUCAAACUGACACGCACUGUCAACUUGGACCAGCUGAAACGAGCCCCCCCCUCCACCUCCAUCCAACAGAUCUGGGUAACCGACAUGAUCUGCUUGAGCAACCUUAACCUCCUGGCCAUCGCCUCCACUGGACGAGACGUUGAGUUUUAUGACAUCAGCGCCAGCAAGUGUGACAUUGUAUUCUCUCUGACUGGACUGGAGGGCUACGCGGUUGUCAUGGAUUACUGGUCAGAUGGAACCAAAGCAGUGUUUUCGAUAGGGGACAUUGAGGGUUAUGUGUCUGUCUUCAUCUCCAGUGAUGUGCUCCAGUAUGGACUGUUCAACAGCGGGGCCUUUAAGUCUGGGGGGAAUUGCCGCAUCCCUGUCCCAGCUCUGUUGAAGAACACCUCCAAGUAUUUCCUGUGUUUCAAAGUGGCCCUGCACAAUAACUGGUGCCAUCAGAUCCGCUUUCUACCGGAGUUAAACGCUGUCGCCACCUGCUGUGCAUCUGACCAAACUUCCAUGGUUCUCACCACUGUGCCCCACUCUCAGAAGGCUAAAAUCCACAACUCAUUCUUUCAGCUGAGGAAGGGAAUCCUCUGCUUUGACUACUCUCCCGAGUUUAACAUUCUGGUGACUGGAGGCUUUGACCGCAUUGUGAGGAUAUGGAACCCCUACGUGAACAACUGUGCCACCUCUCAGAUGAAGGGCCACUCCACAGCCAUCACACACAUCGUGGUCAACAGCAGCGACAACAAGAUCAUCAGCAUCUCCAAGGACAAGAAUGUGCGUGUGUGGGACCUGCAGGACUGUGCCUGUCUCCAGAACAUCCACUCCAGGAAUGUGACCAUGAGUCGCUUCCCUAUCUCAAGUGUCCACUACAACAGAGACACCAACACCCUGGUGCUGGCCACCUUUCUGAUAGGGGUUCUACAUGGAGUGGUGGAUGAUGUGGAUACUGUUCACAAGCUGCAGACAUCACAUGAGCAGCCCCUGUGUACAGCUCUCUAUAACACCAACUUCAAACAGGUAGUGAGUGGCUGUCAUAACGGCGUGGUGAGUGUGUGGGAAAUCCUGACUGGGGAGAAGGUCAUGCAAUUCCAGACAUCCCCGGAGAAGGCGGUGGAGGUAACGGCCAUGACGUUUGACGGGCCCAAGCGCCGCCUCAUCACGGGGUCCAAGGAUGGUAGCCUGCGCCUGUGGAACUUCAACAACGGAGCGCUGCUAGCUACACUCCCCAUAUUGAAUGAUAACGAGGUGACGGGGGUCAUUUACAUCAACCAAAGGAUAUAUGUGUCCGGCUGGAGCAAAAGGGUCAUGUGGGAUGUGAAGGAGGAUAUGGAGAUGGAGUACCGUAUCUGGAACCAGUACCAUGCCGAGGAUAUCUACUCCAUGCAUGCCCACGGCAACAAGAUGCUUGUGACCGCCUCCUACAGUGGUGACAUCAUCGUAUGGAACAUCGACUCGGGGCGAGCCUUCUGCCGCUUCAACGCCUGCGAGAGUUCGCGACCACUGCUGCCCAAUCGGGUGAUUGACAGGUCAGCUUUUGACAGAUUUGAGGCGUCAGAGUCUAAGAGCUCGUUUGAUGAGAGCGAAUGGACAGAUUCAUCAGAGUACAGAGGGGAGGCCACAGUCUCCCAUUCCAGCCAGGGGGUCUCAGUGGGGCCCGGUGCACCCCCACCUCRUCCCACCUCUCCUCAGGAGGACAAGGACAGCUCUUGCAGCAGCCCCCCUGAGAUGAUCCAGGAGGAGUCAGGCACUGAGAAAGAAAAUGAGAGAACUCAUCAGAAGAAGUCGCCAAAGCAGCGGCACAAGAGCGGCAAACCUCAGCCAUUCAGUGCAAAAGAGUUAGAGAAACCCAGACUGGCUGUGGAGAAGGCUCUUUUCCUGGGAACCAGGGAGCGGAGCCCUGACACAGCCAUCCUGCUGACCAGUGCAGCUGACGGCUAUGUGUACGCCUGGUCCAUCCACCACCUGGGGGGACUGCUGGGAAAGUUCCGGGCGGUCCACUCCGAGGACACGGCCAUCAGCACCAUGUCUACUGAUCUGCAAGACCAGAUGCUGCUAACUGGGGACAGCACCGGCUACAUCAUGCUGUGGGACAUAGAGAGGUACUGCUUCUGUAUGCAAGGGGAGCGGGAGGGGAUGGCCCCUCUGGAAAAGGCCGUUCAUCUGCCCAGCCUCAUCCCCAGGUACUGUAAGGUGACUGGGCCUCGCAGGAUGAAGGUGGAGAAGAGAACCGAGGUGCAGCAUAGAGAGAGAACAUACUAG